UUCAAAUUGAGUGAAGAUAAAAGAUUAUGAAUCUUAUUACUCUUUGCUGCCUCUAUCUCUUACACUCUCUUCUCUUCACUACUGGUACUGCUACUUUAUUGUUUCAGGGAUUUAACUGGGAAUCAUGCAACAAACAAGGUGGAUCGUAUAAUUCACUCAAAAACUCCAUAGAUGAUUUAGCUAAAGCAGGUGUUACACAUAUUUGGCUUCCUCCACCGUCUCACUCUGUUUCUCCUCAAGGAUAUUUACCAGGAAGAUUAUAUGAUCUUGAUGCAUCCAAGUAUGGAAAUAAGGCUGAAUUAAAGAACUUGAUCAACACCUUCCAUCAAAAAGGAAUCAAGUGUCUUGCUGACAUAGUCAUCAAUCACAGAUGUGCUGAUAAAAAAGAUGGUAGAGGAAUCUGGUGCAUUUUUGAAGGUGGUACUUCUGAUGAUCGUUUAGAUUGGGGUCCAUGGGCUAUUUGUAGGGAUGACACGCAAUAUUCAGAUGGUAGUGGCAAUCUAGACACUGGGGCCAGCUAUGGUGCUGCCCCAGAUAUCGACCAUCUUAACCCAAGAGUUCAAAAAGAGUUAAUUGAUUGGAUGAACUGGCUUAAGUCCGAAAUCGGGUUCGAUGGGUGGAGAUUUGAUUUUGUGAAGGGAUACGCACCAAGCAUUACUAAGAUUUAUAUGGAGAAAACUAGGCCUGAUUUUGCAGUUGGAGAACUUUGGGAUUCAAUUACUUAUGACCCAGAUGGUAAACCUGAUUAUAAUCAAGAUGGGCCUAGAAAUGAAUUAGCUGGAUGGAUUCAAAAUGCAGGGGGUGGUGUUGUUUCUGCAUUUGAUUUCACAACAAAAGGUGUUCUUCAAGCAGCUGUUGAAGGAGAAUGGUGGAGAAUGAAAGAUGCCAAUGGAAGACCAAGUGGUUUGAUUGGGAUUAUGCCUAAAAAUGCAGUGACUUUUAUUGAUAAUCAUGACACUGGCUCUACACAAAAAUUAUGGCCUUUUCCAUCUGAUAAGGUCAUGCUUGGAUAUGCUUAUAUCUUAACACAUCCUGGAAUUCCAUCUAUUUUUUAUGAUCAUUUCAUUGAAUGGGGAUUGAAAGAAGAAAUCAUUAAACUGAGUAGUAUCAGGGUGAGGAAUGGGAUAAGUGAAUCAAGCAGUGUAAAUAUAAUGGCUUCAGAUGCAGAUUUAUAUGUAGCCAUGAUUGAUGAAAGUGUUAUUGUUAAGACAGGUUCAAGAUAUGAAGUUGGCAAUCUCAUUCCUGCAAACUUUGAAGUAGCUAUUUCUGGCAAAGACUUUUGUGUUUGGGAGAAGCAAGGCUAAGAAAUAAGAUAUGCAUAUUCUUCUAUUUCUAUGUUGAGAACAAAAUUAUUUUACUUGUAUUUGGGAGAAGCAAGGUUAAGUGAUGC